CUGGUCAGCUAUCUGCAAACGAAUGAGUUCAGGAACCUUGUCUUCGACCUCAAACAUAUCCCUCAAAUCGUGGAGCUGCUGAACAAUCUUCAAAGAACUGGUCUCGAUCCGUACAACCUGAUGAACCAGAUCAACGAUUACCUGCAUCUGGACAGACUCAGCCCACCUAGCUCCCGUUUCACGAGGGCCACCAGAGGAAUUCGCGGUUUCCUCGAUCAAAUCGAAGCUUUGUACAGGGGAAAGCUUAACAGUUCUAAGGCAUUCGCUCAAUUUAUACGUUUCUUGAGGAUCAUCCACCACCCAAAUGAUCGUUGACACCAUGUGUGUCAAUACCGUUCUUAACAAUUUUUUGUUGAAGCUCAAGGGUUACGGUGUCCGGCUCGAGGUCGCCAGAAAAUUCCUACAGAACGAACUGGGCCUCCAUGUCUCCUGUGUUGUUUGAAUUUUUACACGUCCUUCCUGUGAUUAAAUGUUCUUUCAAGUUAAUAAAUAAGCAGGAGU